GGGCAUGGGUUUAUGAGAAAAGUGUUAUUAAAAAUGGGAACAAAAAUGUCAUGAACGGAGGAGCAGAAAAAGGUUUAUGAUUUUGGAAAUUGGAGGCAAAAAAGUGGAACCAAGCGUUGUACAUUAUUUCAAACCCUUGCACGUCUAUAGGAAGCGGCCAGGGUUUCAGGGUUUCAGGGUUUUACAAAGAGCGUGGAUGCAGAUGGAGACAAGUACAGGACAUGAAUAUCAUGUGAGAAUUAUCAAAGCCGAAGCAGAUGGAGUAGCCCCAUCGCUACUUGUCUCAGCGCCUAAAAAUGGUCCCCAAUACCUGUUUAAUGUGCCCGAAGGCUUUUCCAGGCUCGUCCUUGAGCACAAGAUCAGGCCCUCCGCCCGUCUGGCUUCCGUCUUCCUCACUUCUCUUCGUCCUCACUGCGCUGGUGGACUUGGUGGAUUACUCUUAAGGCUUGCAGGUGAUGGCCACGGCCAGUUGCAGUUGAUUGGGCCAGAUUGCACAUCGGCAUAUCUUCAUUCACUUCGACACAUUAUAUAUUGGCGUCAUCCUAAGGUCUUUAUAUGUGAUUGUCAGCCAUUCAGGCCUUUGCCUGUAUUCGAUGAUGACUUUGUUAGCAUAUGUCCUAUUCUACCUAGUGGUAAAAUUUUGGCUUGUCCCUGGUGCAAAAACAGUGAAAAUCAUUGUAAAGAAAAUGAACUGCACAAUUUUUUUUCUGAAGAUGGCAAUUUUAAAAGCAGAUUUGAGUGUAUGUCUUCUGAUGGUAUGAGUUGCUCUAACAGUAACGAUGAGAUGGAUGGUACUACUUCUAGAAGUUUCAAAGGCUCUGUGAGAUUAGGAUCAGAAAUUGAUGAGAGUGUUACUACUAGGAACAUGUUUCACAAUGAUCAUUGUCAGAGUAGCAGUAAACUCCUCUAUAAAGGUAUUGAGACUAAUGAAGGAAAGAAAGUUCAGGUGAAGAAGUUUGGAAGUGAUACUUGUACGUGUGGUAGGAAACUGAAUGGCAACAGAAAGAGAGAUAUUUUAGGUCACGAGCUUUCUCCAACUGUAGAGAAAAAUUAUGAAUGCAAAGAAGCAUGCUCAAUUAUGGGUAGAACCAUGGAACCUUCUAGUGAACUAUUUGAUGAAAAAGAUUUUAUAGCAUAUGCUAGUACUAAGAGUAGCUCUGCUAUGGAAGGCACUUUCUCCACGUGUAAGCGAAAGAGGGAGUCCUUGAAGAAUGAUUCACUUCUAGGUUUGGAAGCAAUGGAUAAGUUUGUAUCUGAAGCCUUGCAGGAUUCAACUCAUCCUUCCAUACGAUCAUGUAGGAAAUGUUGCUUUAAAAGCAGCAAUAAGUUAGUGUUGGAACCAACAAUACAAGUGAGAAAAGUGACCCCUGAUUCUGGAGUGCAGGAACAAUGCCCUAUGAAUGGCUGGCAUAAACACAACAGUGAGUUAAUUAGUGGUAAAGACUCUGUAGUACCUCAGAUUGGCAUGCGAGAUAAUCUAACUGGAAAGGAUUUACAGGAAUGCGGAUUAUCCAAAGUUCAACAAAAUGUACAUCUCUGUAAUGAAACAACCUGUAUGUUUACACCUGGCGGUCAAGAAAAUGAAUCUAAUUGGAGUGUAAACAACUCAAUGGAAGUAGAGCUACCUAAUUUGCCAGAUGGUGCAAUCCCUCUGUACAUUAAGAAUCCAGAGCAUGAUGUGACUGUGAUAUGUGAAGAUUCUAUAGAAAAAAUCCCUUUGGCUAGUGACAGAGGUGAAGAUUAUAAUUCAUCAAUAGAUGCCAGAGAAAUUAUUGGUUUUGUAUGUUACAUGAAGAAGCUCAGAUCAGCAUUUAUAAUUGUUAAUUGUGAAACUCCAGAAUGUGUUGAUAAGCUACUCCAAAACUCUCUCCUCAGUUGCAUAUCUUCUGAUAAUGAUCAGAAUGGAUGUUUACAUUCAGUUUGUGCAUUUAUCCAUUUAACUCCUCCUAGUGUGUUGAAAACAGAAAAAUACAUGGCAUGGAUGAGGAGUCUCGGAGAUGAUGCUUUGCAUAUAAUAAUGCAUGAUGGAUCUGCUGAGUAUGGUUUCCUGUAUUCAUUUUCAUCUCUGGCAAAAAUGAACAUGGUCAACAAAGAAAUCUUUCCUCUUCCAUUCAAUGCUGUACUGUGCAACCAACAGAUGGAUGCUGAGAACUUUGAGCAUUUUGGGUUUGGCAGGCGAGUUAAGAGUGUUCGGUUGCUCACAUGUGUAGCAUUUCAGAGCAUUCAAGGAGGGAAAGUUCAAGUGGUGUUGGAUGAUUCAAUGUGCCAAGGAAAUAUGGAUACUGAGCUCAUACAAGAGUCUUUUGCUAAGAGUAGGCCAGACCUAGCUGAAAAAACUAAGAAGGUUGCAAAGGAUUUUUUGGUCACAUCACAAGGUGCUGGCAUGUGGCUGAGUGCAAACAAGAUGGCAGCAUUAUCUCUCAGGGAGAAGCUUUUGCUGCAGAGGAAAUUAGCAGUUAAAGAAGCAACCACUCAGGGUGUUUCUGCAGUGCCUUCCAACAUCUCUGUUGCCAACAAUUUGAAUUACUCAGGUACUGAAAACAUUUGCAGCUCACUUUGUAAUGGCAGAACAAAAUCUGCUGAGUUUAGGCUGCUUUUCCUAGGUACAGGAUGUGCCGAACCAAUGAAACAGAGAGGAAGUAGUGGUAUUCUUUUGGAGAUGUAUGAUAAAGGAUACAUGCUGUUAGAUGCAGGGGAAGGUGUUGCAGGACAAAUCCUCAGGGCUUUUGGAAAGCACAACAUGAGAAAGGUAGUUGAGGAACUCCAGUGUGUUUGGAUUUCACAUAAACAUGCUGAUCAUGUUUUGGGGAUAAUUUCUAUUAUUGCUGCAAGGCCUGAGAAUGGGCUAGGUAUUUUAAUUGUGGGUUCAACACAAGUUCAUGAAUGGCUUCAGGAGGUAAAUUGCAUCUAUGGAAAAUUGGGUUACUCCUUUCCUUCUUUUACAUUUGUGCACUGUCAACAGUUCAUGGCAUGUCAGCAGGGAAGCAGCAUAUCUAAGAGAAUAGGAUGUGAGGAUCUUGUUUCUAGAUUGUUGGAGAAUUUACAAUUGUGUAGCAUGCGAUGUGUCUGGGUUGAUCACUGUUUUCAGUCCUGUGGGCUUGUUUUGUCAUCAAUGAGUGGUUGGUCUAUGGUCUACUCUGGGGAUACAAGGCCAUGCAAAGCACUUAUAGAAGCAGGCAUGGGUUGCACAUUACUUAUCCAUGAAGCUACCUUUGAGGAUAAGUUUGGAAGUCAUGCAAGGGCAAAGCGGCAUAGUACAAUUUCAGAGGCUUUGGAAGUUGGUCAGCAAAUGGGUGCUAAGCAUGUUAUCCUCACACAUUUUAGUCAACGUUCACAAAAGAUAAUGGGAAUCAAUUUUCCAGAAAAUAUAAGUGCUUCCUUUGCUUAUGAUGGAAUGGUCAUCUAUAGCCGUAAUCUUCAAGCACUACCUGGAUUAAUGCAUUGUCUGGUUAGUUUAUUUGAUGAAUAUAAUGGAACAAUGAGCUGUCAGGAUUCAAGUACAAACUCAGGAAAUGAAAGGAGGACUGAUAGAAUCCAGAGGUUAAGCAAUGAAAGGAGGACCAAUAGAAUUCAAAAGCAUACCGCUAUCGCCAUUCCUUCCAUAAAAUUACAAUCUUUGGAACAGUGCCAUAUUCUCGAUCAUAUAGGAUGGAAUGAUUUGGAAUCUGAAAUCGCUCCAAGUCAUACUGCUGUGGUCAUUCCUUCCCUGAACAUACAAUCUUCAGAACAGGGUAGUUUUCCUAAACAUAUAAGAUGGAAUGAUUCUGACUCUGAGGACGGUGAUUUGGAAUCUGAAAUCGAUCCAAGUCAUACUGCUAUGAUCAUUCCUUCCCUGAACUUACAAUCUUCAGAACAGGUUAGGCUUCCCAACCAUAUAAGAUGGAAUGAUUCUGACUCUGAAGAUGGUUAAUAUUGUUAUUGAUGAAGUGUCAAGUACUAGACUAAGCUGGAAUUGAAAGGAAAAGCUAUGUCUUUAUAAGGAUAGAGUCAUCCUGUAAUGGCUUUUUAGUGAUUGAUGGUUUGGUGGUGACAAAGACCACAUUAUGGAAGUUUAAUAGCCAUCUUCUGAAGGUUGUCAGUUGCGAUAACCCUUGACAAUGCCAUAAAAUGUUGAGUCAAGCAAAGUACUUGCUUACGAUUUGUAAGCUAUCUCUUUACCCUGGUUUAUGGGGUUGUAAUGGAGGAAACAAAACUUGAUUGAGUAAAUCAAGAAGCCUAUUUGGUUCGCAUGCUAUGUACAUGCUAUUUAGUGUAUGAUGUGGUUAUCUGUCCAUAAAAUGCUUAUCAGCUGCUUGCACGUUGGCACUUAUCAAGAACAGGCAGAAUAUCAUAGUAAGUGCAUUACAACUGUGAUAUUGUCAGGAUCAGGAUGUUUUUGCAGAACACAGUGUAACCCUGGGAAAGUUUGUCAUGAUAUCUUGCAAAGCAAGUUGUUUAUAAUUUGUUUCCAAAAUUCAAUUAGUUGGACAGUGUGUGGAGACCAUGUUUGUUCUGAAAUACAGUUUAUGAAACAAGCUUGAGGAAACAACCGUGUAGAACUUUUUUAAUUCAUAUUUCAGAUGACACUGAUCGAUCUUUCAGAUUUCUAGUCCAAAACUCCUCGAUUGGCCACAGUAUAUAAAUCGGAAUCUCACUAAUAUUAUGCCCUCCUCCAAGGACCCUUAACAAUAUUGGUGAAGGUGAGGCGUAAUCAUUCUGUGUGAGAUUUAAUUCACCAAGUUUUGUGCCAAAUGUAAUUUUUGAUCUUGUGCAUGAUGAAAUGGAUAUGGUGCUGUUCAGGAUUUAUUGUGAUGAUGCCUAUGGGGGGGAACACUUAAUUCUUGAAAUUCUUAGACGCAAAGUCUGAACUAUUUAUUUGAAGUUUUUGACUCCUGUAUUGAAUUGGUAGUUCACAGUUAUACACCAGUCAAAAGUUGCCGGUUCACUGCAUAGAUUUUGUGAUACCCUAUCAUAUUUAGUUCCUUCAAUUUUUGGCAUCGUAUAAAAAUAGCUUAAGAUUUA